CUUUCCGUUGCUAAUACCAAAAAUAAUAAAGAUGGCUGGUAAGUCUAAUAGAGUCAUGUCGCAGAUUUUUUUGUUCCCUUUGUCAUAAAGCCAAUUUAUCUUUUGGAGGGUAAAAAGCACACAAAUUGAUAUCACCGAUGAGUUCUGUAGAACUCGGGAGGUUGCAUAUCUAUGUGACACCUGAACAAUGGGAAGAAUGGAGUCCUCAAUGGAAACGCUUGAUCUAUCGUAACCAGUAUGAAUCGAUUUUCAAGCAUUCAAUGGAAGUAAAGCCAUUUCAGUGCCUGUUAAAGUUAUCUGGGGUAAUGAAAUGUGUUCCUCUUUCGCAUAUGGGAGUCAAUGAACAUAGACUGAGCAACAAGGCUUCCUUCGCCAUUACUACUCUUACCUCAUCUUCCUUUUUGAACAUUAGUCUUCAAUUUCGUAGUAAAACGAUUCCUCAUGUAGUGGGUGAAGCUGAGAUUUCUCUGGAUGAAGCUUUGACUGAAGGACUUCAAGAAACGAUCUUACCUCUAAAAUUGCAUCCAGAGCAAACAGAAGCUUAUGUCCGUGUAAAAUUAGUUUAUAUAAAAAAUAAGCGAAAGAGGGAAAGAAAAAAACGAGUUCCUUCUUCUUUCCAACGAUACUCAAACCGGCAUAACUUCGGCGUUCAUCCUCCUAGAGCGUAUUCUGCAACUAGCCUGAAGACGCUUCCGAUGCCACAGAAGCAAGUUGAUCUUCUUCAAUUUAGUGAAGAAAAUGAAUUGCAGGAUCAAGGAUAUCGUCCAGUUCAUUUUGUUUUCAUGACUACACCAUUCUCUCCAUCUUCUUUUGAUGUUCCAAAGACCUUCAAAGCAUGACUUUUAUCAUCUAUAGAGGCUAAUUUUUCAUAAGUUUUAAGUAUGCAUAGCAUGACCUCUUUUCUUUUUUUUUUUUCGUUUUAUUAUGAUUUUUCACAUCUUUUGUUAAUUUUCCUUAUGUUCCGGCUUCCAUAUAAGUUUUAAAAUGGGGUUGCAUCAAAACAAGAGAAUUUAUAGAGUUUAUAAUCUAAUAUUCUACUAUCUGAAAUGGUUUUUCGUCAAUUAACGUACUGGCUCCCCAGUAGGUAGUUUCCACAGAUUGAUUGUCUAUCCAUAAAAGUGACUUUGAUACCAAGUCAUUCUGCGCGUCAAAUUAGUAAAAGCUAUCGAGUGUAAGACUAUUGAACAUACCAACACAUGGAUGCAUCGCCCAUGAUCCCAACCAUAAUUGUCUUUCAGUAUGGAAACAGUGACAUAACCAAGUACCUCAACAGCUUCUAACACAAAGUUCUGAUCUUUGCUAAGUUCUAAUGGUAAUGACCUAAUAUAACGCUUGCCGGCAAUUUCUUCAAUAUCACAGCCUGGACCAAGGGGUUUUAAAGCUUCCACAGCACGAAUAAUGUCAUCUUCUGUUAACAAAUCAUACCCAGAAGCUUCGUUUUCUUCGUUCAAAAAUUGGCAAACUCGGCUGCCAGAGACGAGUCCUCCAUUUUCCAGUUGUGUUGCAUGACAAACUUCAACCACUCGAACAGCGACUUGUAAGUAAAACUCAUUCAUACCAACAGCCGACCAUGCAGACUCACCCGAUCCACUUACCAGCGGAUCUAAGCCGACUUUCAAAGACAGUUUUGUAAAUGUUCUACGAAAUUCAGCAUUGUUGCGAAUUUCAGCUGCAUGUUCUUUAGCAAAAUUUUUCAAAGCCUCUUGAAAAGUGGAAAGUUGAGAAGCAAUCUCUUCAGCUUGUUGUUCUAUCAAUUCAUUGCCUACUUGUUCAUAUUGUUUGAAUGGAUCCUUGUUUAACGCGCCAAUGCCAACUCUUUUGUGCAUGAAUAAACUAAAACCUCACGGGUCUCCAAGAAUCGAUAAAUUGAAUAUAAAACUACUCAAUCUUCAUUCAAGCGCUUGUUUUGCUUUCGACAUGUUCAAGGGCACACGUAAACAAAACGCGUUUUCAGAAACCUUUAACGACCACGCUAUACCACACAAACACCAUAUACCGCGACUGUUUGCAAUGCGCUAAUCGGUGAUUCAUGC